GCCAGUUGAGUUCCGUAACGUCACGUCAAAAAAGUGCACACACGAAUUUCUACAACGUUUACUAUGUAAAGAUAAUGUAGGUAUAGUUUAUUAAAAAAAAAAAAAAAAAAAAAAAAAAAAAAACAAGGCCUUUAGGAUAUAUAAUUAUAUUUAAUGUCAAUAUAUAAGUGUGCGCUGAAUGCUUGUUAUUGGUGGUGUAAUCAUUGGACCAAGCGGCAUUGAGACAAUUAAGGCGUAGCAAAGAACAUAUAAAAUGACAAUUGCCACUAGGGGCCAGGGUGUUGGCAUAGACCCCCCUGACAGCCAGCAAAACACACAAAUGCACAGUCCACCAGGUCCUCAACAAUUAGCUGACACAAUGUCGGGACUCCAACUCACUGAGAACGUGGUACAAACUGAAUGCAACAAUGACACUAUCACUAUAGUGGAAGAUAGCAAUCAGCUACACGGAGAGCCUGAUUUUCCUAUUGCAAAACUCAAUAUGCUUCAUGAGAAGAUAUCUAGUCCACGAUGGGUUGUUCCAGUUUUGCCUGAACAAGAAUUAGAGUGCCUGUUACAAGCCAGUAUCGAACUUUGUAAAAAAGGAAUUGAUGUACAAAGCGAAGCAUGUCAACGUUUUUUUCGAGAAGGUCUUACAAUCUCAUUUACCAAGAUAUUAACGGACGAUGCGGUUAACAGUUGGAAGUUGAACAUUCACAAUUGUAUCAACACCAAUUGUCAACGCCUGGUAGAACUAUGCGUUCUGAAACUAGACGAGGAUUGGUUUCCCCUGCUUGAUUUGCUGGCCAUGGUUUUUAAUCCUAAUAAUAAAUUUCACACUUUUAACGCAGUAAGAGUUUCGGAAACGGUUCCUCCUGGUAGCGAUAUUCCUGAUGAGGAACUUUAUGCUCGUCCACCGUCUGAUUCGCGGAGUCCUCGUGGCUGGCUAGUAGAUCUCAUAAACAGAUUUGGAAGUUUGAACGGAUUCGAAAUUUUGCUCUCUAGAUUUCAAAGUGGACGGAAUUUAUCUGUGCCAGUUAUUUAUGCUUUAAUAAGACCUUUCGGUUUGUGUUACGAGCUGUUAACUGUCCACACUAUAGUUAAAUAUCUCAUGCCUAUUGUGGAAAUCGUACCUGUUAUUUUAAACAACUUAACCGAUGAUGAAUUAAAAAAAGAGGCAAAAAACGAAUCAAAAAACGAUGCAAUAUCAGCCAUAAUCAAAGCUGCUAAGUGUCUGGUGUCACGCGUUCCUCAUCAGGAAGAGAUGAUAAAGAAUUUGGAAAUCUUGAGACUGAAAAUGAUAUUGAGACUCUUACAAAUUUCGUCAUUUAAUGGAAAGAUGAACGCUUUAAAUGAAGUUAAUAAAGUAAUAUCUAGUGUUAGUUAUCACCAACAUCGUAACGCAAUAGUGGAGGACGAAGAGUGGCUUACAGCAGAACGUAUGGCGAAAUGGAUUAAGGAAAACGGAGUGCUGGAGAUCGUGCUAAGAGAUUCGUUGCAUCAGCCACAAUAUGUGGAGAAACUGGAAAAGAUUUUGCGAUUUAUAAUAAAAGAACGUGCACUUACAUUAGAAGAUUUAGAUGCUGUAUGGGCAGCGCAAGCGGGUAAACACGAAGCGAUCGUGAAGAACGUUCACGAUCUAUUAGCCAAAUUAGCCUGGGAUUUUAGUCCGGAACAGCUUGAUCAUCUGUUUGAAUGUUUUCAGACAAGUUGGAGAACUGCCAAUAAAAAACAACGGGAAAAAUUAUUAGAGCUGAUCAGGAGACUCGCGGAAGACGACAAGGAUGGCGUUAUGGCGCACAAGGUGUUGACGCUCUUUUGGACUUUGGCUCACUCUGAUGAGGUACCAACGGAAAUUAUGGAUCAGGCGCUGAACGCUCACGUGAAAAUUCUCGAUUAUUCAUGUUCACAAGAGAGAGACGCGCAAAAGACAAUCUGGUUGGACAAGUGUGUCGAAGAACUUAAGAACGGCGACAAGUGGGCUUUGCCUGCGUUGAAGCAGAUCCGUGAAAUAUGUUGUCUUUACGAGCCGAAUCCCAACUUGGGCCAUGGUCAGCGAAGUCAUCAUUUGCAUUAUAGGCAAGAAGUAAUAGAGCGUCUACAAAGUGAACAUUCGGUAGUAAUACUUGUAACAAAUAAUUUAACUAAUUACAUGGAUAAAGUGCGACAACUGGUGAAAGAAAAUCCUGAAAUCGACGCUAAUACUUACAUGCCCGAUGGUCGAUAUAACCAUAUUAUGCAGGUGCAAGAAAGACUGAAUUUCUUGCGUUUCUUGCUCAAGGAUGGCCAAUUAUGGUUAUGCGCCGAUCAGGCACAGCAAAUUUGGCAAUCCUUAGCCGAGCAAGGUGUAUUUGUAUCGGAUCGCGAGGCCUGCUUCAAAUGGUUCUCUAAGCUCAUGGGAGACGAGCCUGAUCUCGAUCCAGCAAUAAACAAGGGGUUUUUUCAAAACAAUAUACUCCAGUUAGACCCGACGCUGCUCACGGAAAGCGGUAUUAAGUGUUACGAGAGAUUUUUUAAAGCUGUUAAUUCUAAGGAAGGAAAAUUGAAACUGAAGCGCCGAACGUUUCUCAUGGACGACGUGGAUCUAAUUGGGACUGAUUACUUGUGGAGAGUAGUAACAAACAGCCCGGAAGAGAUCGCAAACCGAGGCAUAGAACUGUUGAAGGAAGUGAAUACUAAUCUGGGACCGCGUUUGCAGUCGUCCGUUUUGGCGUUUCACGAAACUUACAUAGCGGAAUGUAUGGACAGAUUGAAGGCUCAUUACGAUACGGUGACUGUUCUGAGCAGAGUCUAUUUAGACGGGAAAGAGGAGCGCGAGGAACAAAUGACUAAUAAGAUUAAAAUGGAAGCCAUAAAGAUGUGUCGUGUUAUGAAAGUUUUGCAGGAGUACAUAAACGAAUGUGACACUGCUUUCCCAGGAGAAAGAAAGAUAUUGCCGCUACACAGAGCGGCGCGUGGCAAGCAUCUGUCGCUUGUUAUUCGUUUCGCUAGUCCCGGCCGAAACGUCGACGACAUAGAUAUCUUCACGCAUAGCAAUGACACUUUAGCUUCGUUGAGACGUCAGAUAUUGCGCAGGAUCAAAGCGAGCGGGACGAACGUGAAACUCGAUCUGUUUAUUAACGGCGAGUCGCUAGAACAGUCCGAUGAUCGAAAACUUCUUUCCCAGAUACCGCUGAGAGACAAAAUGUUGUUAUCUGCAAAACUGAGUCAAGUUAAUAGCAAUAUGCCAAGCUCACCGGACAGUAGCUCCGAUAGCUCUACUAGCUCACCACAUCAUCCAUACGACGGGCCGAAUGUAGAGGCUGAGAAUAGUUUGCCUGGUGUGGUGAUGUCGCAAAGACCGCAAUAUGCGACGUUCUUCUUUCAAUUGGCCGAUCUUGGCUGUACCCUUCAGCAUUCGCAGUUGCGCGACGGCGCGCGAAAUCUCUUACAGUUGGUGCCGCCGGAUACCUUCACUGUAACAAGAUUACAGUGGCUGUUCGGCCAUUACAAAGACGAUGAAGCUUUACAGAACCCCUCUCAAUAUCAUUGUAACGAGCAGAAUACGACAGUAGAUUCUCUAUUUUUUACUGCAAGUCCUAGCCAAGUUUUAUACAAUUUAGAGGUGUUGUAUACUUUGUUAAUGCCGGCUCUCGACCCUAUGUCCGAAAGGGCGUUCGAAUUUCAGUAUAAUUUCAUAAAAAGCGGCGAAGCGGGCGUCAUCCUCGACAUGUUGACGAAAAACAAAUUUUUACCAAACGCAGACGAGACCACCAAGCGAUCGGCGUAUCUGACGGUGCUACGAUUGUGCAAGCUUCUUCUGACGGUGAUGGGUAACAUGAUGGCGUGCGUGAUGGACGAGGUGCAGCAAACCAGUACUUCGGAGAAUCACGAUCAUCACUGCAACAACCGCGGCCGUGUGGCGGUGUUGAAGCAAGCGCUGCAGAGCGUUCCCAAUCAGAGCACCGAGUACAUGCUGAGAAACGUCGCGGCCAAACUGGCGCAACAUCUGGCGCACCGUAUCUGCGGUACGGAGGCCGAUCGAUGCCGGCAGCUAUUUAUGCAAGCUCUUUCGUGGGAAUUACCGGAUGUGGCCACUGUACGUGCCAUAAUUAGAUUAGCGUGGGCCGCAUCCACGGGUAAUCUAAACAACAUCAACGCGACGAACGAGCUCUUACAUUCGAUGCACGAGACCAAUCAGAAAGAGCAGCGGAAUCCCGACAACAACGACGUUCUCGUAUGCAAGGAAGCGCUCGAAGUACUGACGAUCGCUCUUGUGUUGAACCCGUCGGCGCUCGAAACGCUGUCGAAGGACAAGAUCUGGCACACCUUCCUGAUAGACCUUGUACUGCUCAGUACAUCGAGAGCGAUCAGAAUCGCCGCCGGCGAACAAUUUUUUCUCAUUUCGACUUGGUGCAGCGGCGGCCAUCAAACGUUACUGGUCACCAUAACUCUUCUCUUCACAGUAUUGAACACCACCGUAACGGAGAACGCGAAGCAAAGCCACGAGUACUUUCAGCUUUUGUGCAGGCUCUUGAACUUCGCGCACAUGUCGGGUUGUCCUCUCACGACCGCGGAGACGUUGUUGAACGUCGAGAUAGCGUGGUUGAAGAAAGUACGGGACAACGUGAAGGAAACCGGAGAGAGUCAGGUGGACGAGGCUCUCCUCGAGGGUCAUCUCGGUCUGACGAAGGAACUGUUGGCGUUCUUACCGCCGAACCAGAAGUACGAGAUUGGAUCCGACGAGAAGCACGGAGUUAACUUGAUCAAGGAGCUGGUCGAGGACUUCGUCUUUCCCGCGUCCCGCCUCAUGCUGCAGCUUCGCAACACCGGCGAGCUAAGCGCCUCCCAGGCGUGUCCGGUGUGCACCACUCCGCAAUCGACUAGCGCUGCGUUCGACCUGCUCGUAGGUCUAUGCGUAGGCUGUGUACCCAACAUGAAACUUCUAGUCACAAUGCUCACCGACAUGUUUUACUCUGAAAAAGACGAACCGUUGGUGGAGUGGGAUUAUCUGCCGCCUGUGGGGCUGAGACCGCUCAAGGGUUUUGUGGGUCUGAAGAAUGCAGGCGCGACCUGUUACAUGAAUUCAGUAUUACAACAGUUGUAUAUGGUGGAGAGUAUUAGAGUUGGACUUCUGGCGGCGGAGGGUGCGGCUACUGAUUUGAAUGAAGAUUUCUCGGGCGAGGAGAGAAUCGAGGGCGAGCAGACCAUUGAGGCGAACGACAACGACACGAAUGAGGAAAAAUGCGGCGCCGACGAGUCGAGAAAGGAAUACAAUAUUGGAAUCUUGAAACAAGUGCAAGCAAUAUUCGGUCACCUCGCUUACAGCAAGUUGCAAUAUUAUAUACCAAGAGGAUUGUGGAAGCACUUCAAGCUUCAGGGAGAACCUGUAAAUCUUAGAGAGCAGCAAGACGCAGUAGAAUUCUUUAUGAGUUUAGUAGAGAGCUUAGACGAGGCGUUAAAAGCCUUGGGACAUGAGCAGAUAAUGGGCAAAAUUCUCGGUGGCUCGUACAGCGACCAGAAAAUCUGCAAAGGUUGCCCUCAUAGAUAUUCCAAAGAAGAACCGUUCAGCGUGAUAAGCGUGGACAUACGGAAUCACAGUAAUCUGCUGGAUUCACUUGAACAAUAUGUAAAGGGAGAACUGCUGGAAGGUGCAGAUGCCUAUCAUUGUGAUAAGUGCAACAAAAAAGUCGUGACAGUAAAGAGAUUAUGCGUGAAGAAGCUGCCACCGAUUUUAGCAAUUCAGUUAAAAAGAUUCGAAUACGAUUUUGAACGUGUGUGCGCGAUAAAAUUCAACGAUUACUUCGAGUUUCCGCGAGACCUGGACAUGGAGCCUUAUACCGUAUCCGGUUUGGCUAAACUGGAAGGGGAGGUUAUAGAUUGUGAUUAUGAGGAAUCUAUAAAAGGAACAUGCACAAAAUAUCAAUUGACCGGUAUUGUGGUUCACAGCGGUCAAGCCAGUGGUGGCCAUUAUUACUCUUACAUUUUACACAGGUUAAACGACGGUACGGCAAAAUGGUACAAGUUCGACGACGGUGACGUAACCGAGUGUAAAAUGGAAGAAGAAGAAGAAAUGAAAUCUCAGUGUUUCGGCGGCGAUUAUUUAGGAGAGGUGUUCGAUCAUAUGCUCAAGCGGAUGAGUUACCGCAAACAGAAGCGAUGGUGGAAUGCGUACAUGUUGUUUUAUACAAGAUUAGAUGUAGAAGAAAAUUCUCUAAUGAAGAGUGUAAAUGAAUUGUCGUUGUAUACGAAACUAGGAGUAAUGAAAAUGCCGCCGGCGAUAGAAUACAGCGUGCGGAAGCAGAAUAUAAAAUUUAUGCACAAUCGUAAUCAAUUUAGUGCAGAAUAUUUUCAGUUUAUCAAAAAACUGGUGUCUUGCAAUCCGCACAAUAUUAAUAGACAAAAUCUAAAUGAAAAACUUAGCCCCGAAGCGGAAGAACUUGCGAUGCUAUCGGUUCAGUUAGCGUCGAGAUUUCUCUUUUACACAGGUUUUCAUACCAAAAAGACGUUACGUGGCACGGCAACAGACUGGUAUGAUAUUGUGUGUCAUCAUUUGCGUAGCAGUAAAGCAGUGCGUUCUUGGUUUGCUAAUGAAGUGUUGUUUAAUCAUCCACACAGAUUUUGUGAGUAUCUUCUGAGCUGUCCAAGUACAGAAGUACGCACUGCUUUUCUAAAGAUUCUGGUGUUCCUUGCACAUGUUUCUUUGCAAGAUGGUCCGUGUGCUCCGCCCAGUCUAAAUGCGCCGACUAUACUUUUGGAUCCAGUGGCAACGCUCAGUGAUCAUUUGUUACACGCGGUGCUGUCGCUACUACAUCGCGAAAUUUCGGAUCAUGGACGUCAUCUUCCUCACUACUUUUCUCUCUUUCAUGCGUACGCCUCGCUUGGUCUUGCCGAGAAGGCGCAGUUGCUUAAGUUGAACGUUCCGGUUACCUUCAUGUUGGUCGCCAUCGACGAGGGCCCUGGCCCUACUAUCAAAUAUCAAUAUCCCGAAUUGACGAAACUACAUCAGGUGGUUAGCAUGUUGAUACGAUGUUGCGACGUUUCGUCAAAGGCUCACUCGAGUCAGCAGCCUCGCACGGAUCCCUUGCCAAAUCCGUAUGGAGAUCCCGCUUGUCAGCCAGACUAUCUUAUGCCCAUUCAACCACAAGCAGCUGAGAUAUUAUUUAUUCGAACUAGUUACAUAAAAAAACUAAUUGAGGACGCUAACGUGACGGAAGACACGGUGAAGUUGUUGCAAUACUGUUGCUGGGAGAAUCCGCAUUUGUCGCGAACGGUGCUUAGUGAACUUUUAUGGCAAAUUGGUUUCGCUUACACCCACGAAUUGAGACAUCACACAGAUCUGCUGCUUGCGAUAUUACUGAUGGAAGAUUCUUGGCAGACGCAUCGCGUGCACAAUGCGCUUAAGGGUGUUCCGGACGAGCGAGAAGGUUUAUUCGAAACGAUACAAAGAAGCAAAAAUCAUUAUCAGAAAAGAGCGUAUCAAUGUAUUAAGUGUAUGGUGCAGCUCUUCAGUAAGUGUAGACCCGCGCAUCAGCUCUUGCAUCAUAGUCCAGAGCUGAAGAGGAAGUGGAGCCACGCUAUUGACUGGCUUCACGACGAACUCGAUAAGAGACCGUACGCUUCUGCGGCGCCUUACGCGCACGCGUACAACAACUGGUCCCCACCGGCACAGUCUAACGAUUCCGCGAACGGAUACGUCCUCGAACGUAGUAAUAGCGCAAGAAAGACUUUGGAGCGGGCGUGCGAAUUGUGUCCGGAGGAAGAACCGGAAGUCGAAGAUACCAGCGAAGAUUGCGCGGAGGAGGCCGAUAAAUAUCAACACACGUCUAAAUAUAAAUCCAAUAUUCAAUUCGACAAGUAUCAGUCUUCAUUCCGAAGUAAAAGGCGUAACAACAGAGGCUUAGGAUGGGCAUCUAUAGAUUAUCCCGCGGUAGACUUUACCGUGAUCCAACAAAUGCGAGAGGACCAGCAACCCCCUCAGCCGGGACCCUCACCCGUGCACACGCCUCACUUGUCGCUUCAAAUGCAUAAUCCGGAGAACUGUGAGUCGUCACAAAAUACCAGCCAGGAUCCAUAAUGAACGCUGAAUGGUGACGUUCUGUCAAGUUGCUGUCUCAGUGGAACAAUUUCGGAAUAUUUAGAUGUUGCUGUGCCAGCAGCUUGGUGUCGAGCGGUAGCGACACAUGUACAGAUAUAACAAGUGAGAGGGUUUGUUUUCUUUUUAGCGAUCAGUCUUUAACGAACUCAUGCUAAUCUCUUAGUUUCACUAUGGGUAGUUACUUUGAUAAUAUGACGCGCUAUGAAUGUUCGAAACUCGCAAAUGAGGGAAGAAAACGAAUCAGUGGAGACGAUUCCGACUGAGAAAAUUUGAAUUAACGCAUGUUAGUUGAGGCAAUCAAUUCUCGACGUAGUUUUUUUUUUUCUUUCUUCAAUCAAUGACAUUUGUUUGUCAUCAACUCAUCCCGAUUUGUAUUCUUUUUCCCCUCGCCCUUCCCUCAGACGACUCUGUUUGGCUUCCAAUCCUAGAAAUGAGAUAAUUUGACAAAAAAGAAAAAGCCCCUAAAACUGCGCGGCUCUCUCUUCUCUCUAGGAGAUCGAUCGAUGAUAAUAAUAGUUUUUACGGCCAAGAGUUUUAUUUGCCUCGAUUAACGCAUGUGGAUUCAAAGCUUAGGACUACCGUAAGAUUGUAUAAAUGUAUAGCGAGUAGUGUUACGGAAUCCCGUUCUCUGCCGAAUUUAGAAGACAGAAAAAGAAUAUAAAAACAUAAUUUUCCGUAUGCCUAUGUAAAUUUGUUACUAAUAAAAAAAAAGAAGUUAAAAUGAAACUCUCUAACGAUCGAAAGAUACAACUUGCAAAAACAGAGUGUGAGAGAGAGAGAGAGCGAGAGAGAGAGAGAGAGAGAGAGAGAGAAAGAGAGAGUGUAUGUGUGUGGUGAAGUAGCAUGUUUUUGUCUUGUUCAGAGAAAGCACAGUUAUCGAAGCUAUAUGCUCUUUAACAUAUAUAAAUAUAUAGCUAUGCUAUAUAUACAUGUAUACAUAGCUUUUUGCUAUUUACUCUUUUAACAAUAAUAAUAAAAAAAAAAAGGAAUCUUUCUUGUACUUAAUAAUCUCUCGAGCAUUCUGGAAGAAAGACACUAUAUAUUAAAUAUUGGCGGCCCUGCCGUGUGUGCUGCUAAUGAAUUUCAACAAUACGCCAACGAUGCCUCCUGUUGUGCUUUCUUUCAGUUCGACCGAUUUGAAAGAGUUGUGCCUUCGACAUUGUGCGACUCCAUUGUACUUUUAGGUAGAUAUUUAAGAAUCAAGUUGUUGCUUCAAAUUUGAUUGCUUAUACACUUCGCUUGUUGAGUUAACAGAGAGUGUGAGUAAAGAGAAUUAAAAUAAAAACAAAAACCAAAAAAAAAAAAAAAA